CAAUGAGCCGCUGUCAAAUAAUUUAUAUUUGUUCGAAUGGGAUUGUUUUUGCUUCGGCAUCCUUCAAAGGUGCCCCUAUCGUUGUCAUUGGUGUCACCACGCCGGUCACAUACGCUCCAAAUGUCCGGAAUUGGGAAAAACCAAGUGCUUCGCUUGUCAAGGUUAUGGUCAUACCGCGAAAUUUGUAAAAAGAAAACGUUUCAGCCAGUGCAAGCCCAUACUCCUAAGGAGGAAUCCAAUAUCGAGCUGCCUACGAUUGUUAAACAGGUUAUCUCCGAUUCUGAUACAGACCUGUCAGAUGCGUACCAGCCUUCGAAGAUUGCUGAAAGUGGUUCUUCAACGUCUAAGUACGCCACGACAGUAGAAAUGGUGUCCAUGGAAAUUGAAGAAGACGAGGGUACAUUACCGGUGACAGUUCCGACUUCCCAUUUGGCUGAAGGCUAUCAAGCAAACUCCAAAGGUCCUGCUCCUAAGUUAGUUGUCCAGACGCAACAUGCUCUUAAAGGUCACAAAAUGUUUACGAAGACAAAGGUUGCUAAAACGAAAUAG